AUGACAGAUCUAAGCCGAAUGAUAAUCUGUAAGGCGAGGUGGCCGUCCACAGCUCUUCAAACGCAGUCCUUUUUCUCACCUCAGGAGAACUCCUGUCAGAGCGGGAAAGUACGCGCAUGCGUGACGGACUCUCUGAAGCUUCGUUUCUUGAGUUUCCAGCCGAAGGGACGUCAUAGCCAAUGGCCGGCCGGAGCUCGUAGGCGCUACUGCGCAGCCGCAGGUUUGAAUGUCAGCCCUGCGCCUAUAGAGGUAAUAGCCUUAUCCUUCAUAAUGUUGUACACAACUCUGGGUGCUGUUCGAAUAGCGUCCGGGAUUGGAAUUCCAGCUGCCCGUGGCAUGGGAACACUGGCUGCUAAAAUGGCAGAAUACAGAAAAAUGUGGAAGCCAAUAGAGCCAAAGGAUUGGACAGUGCAAUAUCAAGAGAGAUAUAUACCUUUAUCCAAGGGCCAGAUUGUAGAGCAUCUAAUUCAGGAAAUUCACUGUGAUAAAUCGGAGAGACAAUCUUUCUUGUCCUUUGUAGACCAGCUGGAGCACAGCCUUUUUCAGCCCUACCACUCCACCCUCGAAGCACUUCAGCUGCUCUAUGAUCCCAUAAACCCAGACCGUGAUGCAACGUUAGAAACCCCUUUACUGGAUUCAGAGAAACUCCUCAAAGAAAAAGAGGUCUUGGACCAACUGCAACCAGUGUUGGAUCAGGCCAAUUUCAAUGUGCUGUCCGAGGACGCCCUAGCAUACGCGCUCAUUGUGCAUCAUCCUCACGAUGGGGUGCAGGUUUAUGUGAACCUUGACAAAUAUGAAUAUAUCCGCUACUGGGCCCUCGGACAGAGAGUGGCACCACUAUCCACUCAGAUGAGUACCAACGCCAAGAGUUCCUUUUUCUCCCGGUCUCCGCGCACCCCACCAGAAAGGCGCUACUUUAAGCGAGUCGUCGUGGCAGCCCGCCCCAGGAACAGCCAUAUGGUCUUAAAGUGCUUCAAGGACAUCCCUCUGGAAGGCUUGGAGCAGCUGCUUCCUGUGGUGAAAGUUCGCACCUCCAGAUUUGAUCGCACCUUGCUGAACACCAUGCUGCUCGUCAGCGGAGGAAUCGUGUUCGUCAACGUGGGCAUGGUCGUCCUCACAGAUCUGAAAGUCGGCGCAUCUUUCCUCCUGUUCUUCUUUGCCGGAUUCAUGGCAUUUCGCGCUUGGAAGGUGUUUUCUCAGCGUAGGAACGUGCAUUCCCUGGAACUGGCACACAUGCUGUAUUACAAGAGCACUUCCAAUAACUCCGAGCUUCUCGGCGCCCUCAUUCUUAGGGCUCAGGAAGAACAUGCCAAGGAGGUGAUCCUGGCACACAGCUUCUUGAAACAACUCAACCUUCCAAGUGAUGGAAGUGAAGCAGAAGAUCCAAAAACGGUGGCACGGGUCAAGGAGCAAGUGGAAGCCUGGCUGAAAGCAAAAUCAGGACUAGAUAUAACGUUUUCUGCUCAGCGUGCACUCCAUAAUAUGAAGGGUUUAAGGAAGAAAAGCUCAGACAAGCUGACGUGAGAUGGCUGCCCAGCUGAAGGGCAUCAGACAUAUCCUUUGUUAUAUGUGGUUCAGUGAAGCAACUUGCACUUCUUUUGCUUUAAAUGAUCCAUGCUGCUAUUGCAUCUGGUGACUGCAUCCCAAGGGCUCCUUGGAACUGAAUAUCACUGCCACUGAUGUUUCCUUUCAGGUCACUUUGGGCUCUUGAAACUGACUGUAUACUGUAUGUGAUACUGUACCUUUGUGAGCUUGGGAAUCUCUGUGCUUGUGUCUGUCUGUGCUGCGGCUGCUGCAUGUGUGUGUUUUGUUAUUUAUUUUCAUGGGAGUGACUUUUAUAGAACAAAAAGUAGAAAGUAGGCAUAAACACUGGUCAGUGCCCAUGAGUGGGCGGGUAUCUGCCUCACAACAUUAUGGUUCUGUACUGAGCUCACAUUGUAUUUGCUAUUAUUAUUAUUAUUUAUUGUCUUGGGUCUUUAUAUCCGGAAACCAAACACUUGGGAGCUCAAUCACUAUCAUGAGGCAAACAUCAUCAGUGGAGGAGCACAGAGCAACCAAUCAGAGGUUUGCUUUUAUUAUCGGAAUUGCACUGAUCAAAUCUGAAUGGUUGCUAGGGGUAACUGGA